UGUUGAGGUUCCUGCAGGCUUUCAGCUGAGCGUUCGUCAGUAGUAGCCAAGUGUUCAUCGCUGCUUUCAUUUCCUGAGAGUGAUUCGAGCGAUCGAUCUCUAUUCGUGUGUUUUUAGUUAGCUCGAGGGUGAGAGAUCGUCGUCAUGGCUUCCCACCAGGACAAGGCUAGCUACCAGGCCGGCGAGACCAAGGCCCACACCGAGGAGAAGGCUGGGCAGGCGAUGGGGGCGACCAGGGACACGGCGCAGCACGCCAUGGACCGGGCGUCCGACGCGGCGGGGCACGCGGCGGGCAAGGGCCACGACGCCAAGGAGGCGACCAAGCAGAAGGCGUCCGACACCGGCAGCUACCUGGGCCAGAAGACCGAGGAGGUCAAGCACAAGGCCGGCGAGACCACCGAGGAGGCCAAGCACAAGGCCGGCGAGACCACCGAGGAGGCCAAGCACAAGGCCGGGGAGACCACCGAAGCCGCCAAGCAGAAGGCCGCCGAGACCACCGAGGCCGCCAAGCAGAAGACCGCCGAGACCACCGAGGCCGCCAAGCAGAAGACCGCCGAGACCACCGAGGCCGCCAAGCAGAAGACCGCCGAGACCACCGAGGCCACCAAGCAGAAGGCCGGCGAGUACGCCAAGGAGAGCGCCGUCGCCGGCAAGGAGAAGACCGGCAGCGUCAUCCAGCAGGCUACUGAGCAGGUGAAGAGCGCGGCGGUGGGCGCCAAGGACGCGGUGAUGAACACGCUGGGGAUGAGCGGGGACAACAAGGAGGGCGGCGCCGGCAAGGAGGAGGACCACUCCACCAUCACCAGGGAUCAGUAGACGCGCGCGCGAGCUUGCAUGCGUCCCGCACUCGAUCGAUCCAUCCAUCCAUUCCCCGGUUGCUUGUUCAUGAGUCCAGUAUGUAUCUUUUUUCGGUUCCAUGAUUCCUACGAAUUCGGUGCUGUAAGUUUGGCGUUGCUGUAUUUGCGUCUGUAAAUGAGUCGGGGUGGGAGCGGUCUGGCUGGCGAUCUCUAUGCUCGUCGGUCAGGCGUCUCUCAGCUUUGUGGGUUUUUAUUAUGGUGUAACGAAGCUGGUAAAUCCUCUUAUGUAUAUGAUGAGGUGCGUGGAUGUUUUGUGAUUUUUCA